AUGAGCAGUAAUUUGAUUCGAGUUGUCAAGAAGAACAAUUUCAUGGAAAUGGAGCGUGAGUUAAAAAAAACCGCCUGAGGAAUCGAACCAGCGCUUCACACUUCGCACGCCCGUGUGCUAACCACUUUGCCACGCGCACGUUUUUCAUCGUAUCCUCAUUUUUUCUAGAUACAAACAUAUUUUUGCAGAUCCGAAGCGAUGGUUUUGCGCGCUUUCAGUUUUGUCUGUAAUUCUAUUAUUCAUGGCUAUGGUUAUUAUGUUUAUUGUAGUUCUAAUUUUAUUAAAAGUCUCCCCAAAUUCAAUAUUUUCAACCUCGAAUUCGAAUAUUUCUACAACUUCUACGCAAACUCCAACAGUAGUGUCGGAUGACGAAAAAUCGUGGGAACAUCGUGUUCAAUGGCAGGAAUGUGGUGGGAAAUGCGAGCUAGAUGGGUGGGUUGGGGACUAGAUGGAUUUCUAGGCCACAAAGAUAUAUAAUUUGGAUUUCUAGGCCAUCUGGGGGCUACCUUCCGGUUUCCAGGCCACCAAAUCCAUUUUUCCAGCUACGAAAAUCCUCCACUAAUAAUCAUGAGUUUUGACGGAUUUGCUCGAUUUUACCUGGAUCGAAAGGAGAUGAAAACGCUGAAUUCAAUAGCGCAAUGUGGCGCAAAAACCGAUCGAGUUAUGCCAAGUUUUCCCACCAAAACAUUUCCCAAUCACUAUUCAAUUGUGACUGGAUUAUUUCCAGAAAGUCAUGGGAUAAGUGAGAUUUUUUUUUUGGAAAAAAAUUUGAAAAUCUUUUGUUUGUAGCCGACAACAAUGUUUUUGAUGCGAAAAUUUCGAUGAAUUUAGAAUCGAUGAAAAGCACCAAAUAUUCGGCGUUUUUUGUUGGCGAGCCGGUGGGUUACUGUAGUUUAAGAGCUUUUUUUGAUCUACAAAAAUUUUUCACGUGGAAAAAAUUCAUUGUAGAUCUGGUCCGUAUACAAACGAAAAACCGGGAAACCUGCCAACUGCCUUUUCUGGGUUGGAUGUGCUUAUAAUCAAACCGGCUACGCUCCAGAUGUUUCCCCAUAUUACAAUCAAAAUCUACCAUUUCGAAAUCGUAUCGAGCAAAUUCUAGAGUGGCUUAAAGAGCCCGAAAAAACACGGCCCGGUUUAAUCACGGCCUAUUUACACGAGCCAGAUAAUGCUGGACAUUAUCAAUUCUUAUCGGAAGAUGUUGAUCGAAUGUUGGAUGAGAUUGAUGAUGGUUUAGAUUAUUUUAUGAGUCAAUUGAAGAUUUCUGGAUUAUUGGAUUGUGUAAAUAUUGCAAUUGUUGCGGAUCAUGGAAUGGAAUUAAUUAAUAAAACUUAUUAUUUUGAUGAUUAUUUGAAGACUAAAUAUCCGAGUGGAAUAAUUAGUGCGAAGGGAGUUGUGUCGAGAUUGUAUAUUAAUGAUUCGACGGUGAAAGUCGAGGAGUUGAGGGAUGUUUUUAGGUGUAAAGUGGAAGAUUUUAAGGUGAGGAUGGAAAUCCAGGGAUUUUUUUGUUUUGCCCAUUUUUUACGUUUCAAAAAAUCUUGAAAUUCCAGGUCAACACCCGUGACGAUCUCCCCACCCGCAAGCACUAUUCUCGAAGCUCCAAAGUCGGUGACAUUAUUCUAGAAGGUCCCCCCGGAACCUGCUUCUAUAAAUCGGAAUCUGACGACAAUCUAUAUUCCGGUGAUCAUGGCUACGAUUUUUUCAAUCCAAAUAUGCAUACGAUAUUUUUCGCGCGAGGUCCUGGAAUCAAGGAAAAUUCCACGAUUCAGAAUUUUCAAAAUGUUCAAUAUAUGAAUUUGUGGAUGGAUUUAUUGAAUAUCACUGGAGCGGUGGAGACGAAUGGUAGUGUUGGAUUUUUCGAUGGGAUAUUGAGGAGUCCGCCGACACGGCAGGUUGUGCUGGGAGAGAAGAUUAAGUGAGUUUGGUGGGCUGGGGAAAUCUGGAUUUAUUUUUUGUUAAAAACCAAAAGUUUUCCUAAUUUUCAAUCCUGCAAAAACUUCUGUAAAAUUAUUCUAGGACUUCUCCAGGCCAGAAACAGAUUCUGAAAAAUUCUGAAAUUCUUCAAAGCCCUCAAAAAUUUGGCUUCAAAUUCUGCAUGAAUAAAAUUCCAAAAUAAUAUAGGUUUCAAACAAAUUUAAAGAUUGUUCUCUUUGUUUGGAUAAUGUUUUAUUGUUAGUCAAGCUUAACUUUUUCAUCAAACCAUAGUAUUCUUCUCAACCUACAGUAAUCCUAUUUGUUUCCAGAGAAUGCACAUUUUCCGGCUCCGACAACUUCACUUCCUGCUCAACUGGAGCAAUUUUAGACUUUCAAAACUGCUCAAAAAUAUCUGAAAUUCCGAUUCAUUUGUUCUCAAAUUCCUCUCUCUGCUAUCAAAAAUUCUGUGAAAAUCAGGCAAUUUUUAUGAGCUCCGCCUCGAAUUCUGAUAAACGAAAAGGAAUUUUUGAAAUGCUAUCAAGUUCGGAUGACUUGAGAGAUUCUUCGGGAUAUUUUGUUAAUUCGAAGUAUAAUAUGAGCAAUGUUGGUUGUUCUAGUGGUUUGAAGAAUUACAGUAUUUCGGUGAGAAAUGCUGGAAUUGCGAAUUCAUAUUUUGAAGAGAGUCUUCCGAGUUAUUUUGUAGAAAGUAGGUUGGCUGAAAAAUUCAAGUAUGAGCCUAUUUUUUUCCAGAAGUCUACACGCCCUUUCAAAAUCUGAUGCUGCAGUACAUCUCCAAAUUCUCCAAAAUUUUCGUGAUUUCCGGAGUUGCUUCAGAUAUCGAUCAUAAUGGAAUUCACGAUCAAACAUCUACAAAUUCCACACAUUUCUACAGAAUUCUCCUGCGAUGUUCAGACGAUUCAACAGAUUUUGAAAAUUGCAAAAACCUAAGAAGUCUCGCAUUCAUUUUCCCGAUUAUUUCGAAAAAUAACACAUGGGAUUGUAUGAGUUCGAAUGAGAUUCUGUUGGAUUAUUCGGCCACGAUUUUUGAUGUUGAACAGAUUUCUGGGCUGAGGUUUGAAUUUGCGUUUGGAAAUUUGACUUCGAAUCAGAUGAUAUUGCUGAGGAGGAAUAUAACGACACAACUUUGGUGA